GCCUAUCUUGCUUUUAAGUCGGUCAACAACACACAUGCCGAGAAGAAAACUCCUUCCCUGUGGCCCAAAGAAAUCAGUACAAAAUGAGGCUCAAGAUACCAUUCCCGGCCGAGAGCUUCUAGAGGCUUUGGCAAGCUUGCGCUGCAACCCUGUAUACAGCGAUCUGACCAUUCUAUGUGGUCAGGAAUCUUAUCCUGUGCAUAAAUGUAUAGUUUGUACACGGUCGGACUUUUUUGCCAAAGCAUGCGAUGGAAAGUUCAAAGAGGCGUCUACGCGUGAGGUUAUUCUAAAUGAAGAACCGGCCUUAGUGAAGCAAAUGAUUGAAUAUUUCUACACCCUGGAAUAUCAGGUCAAUACUGAGUUCCAAGCACCUGAUGGCCAAAGCUUUGACCAAAAGAACAUCACCAGUCCCCCUAGGUGGGAAGGCACAGAGACUCCACUUGCCCACGCAGGAAGCGUGGAACCUGUUGAAUCAAAUCAAGUCUGCGACGUGCCUGAAGAGCAAGCACGAUUAUCAGAUCCCCUGUCCUUUCACAUCUUGAUGUAUUCUCUUGCGGACCGUCUCCUUAUACAUGGGCUGAAAGCUCUCUCCAAAGAGAAUGCUGGACAUGAAUUGAUUCAACGAUUGGACGCGCAUGCGUUCCCACAGGCGAUCUUCGAGAUUUAUAACUCCACGCCUGAAAAUGACCGAGGUCUGCGAGAUCUGGCGGUGGAAGUCACCAUGGACCACUUGAGCGCACUAAGGAAAGCAAAUGGAACGGCGGCUGCAGCCUUCAAGGACGAUCUUUUAAAAUCAGUCCCUCAAUUUUCAUACGACCUAGUUGUUGCCAUGAUGAACAAGUCCGUGUCCACGGAAUCAAGAUGGGGUAUGUAGGAAAUUUUGGGCAAAUCAGACAAUAUGGUGAUAGCAUAAGAGAUUGAAAGGAAGUGGUGACCCCUGGUUUAAUAUUACAGGAUGCCUAUGAAAAGGUGAUACUAACCUAAUGAUAUGGAUAGACUGAAAGUAGGUCUGGGACUCAGUACGAUUAUACCGCGGGGCUUAGCUUAAAAAGCGUUCACAGGGGUAUGAAGCCAGUCUACUCAUAUAGUAUACCAAGAUAACACAUGCUAGUCAUCGACUGGAUCGUUUUGCAUUCACAUAA